AUGAAGGUCGAGGAAGCAAAAGCGCCUGGAUCACCCGAAGACUGGACUGUUAGAGAACAGUCGGCUACUAGCGAUGUUGAGAGCUCGUUUUCCACUGCAAACAGUGCUGACCGCAUUCUUGUCGAGCUGGGGUACGAGUCAGAGCUGAAGCGGGAGUUCACAAUGUUUUCUGCGUUCUCCUUUGCGGUGUCGAUUUCCGGGCUGAUGGCUACUAUUGGCACCACGUUUAUUUACCCUCUGGAGGCCGGUGGUGCUGCCGCGGCGGUUUGGUGUUGGGUCAUUUCGGGCUUCGGCUGUUUGUGCAUUGCAUUUUCCGUCGCUGAAAUCGUCUCGGCCUACCCUACUUCUGGCGGUCUUUAUUACGCCUGCUCCAAGGUAUUCCCCAAGGAUUGGGCUCCGGUCAUGUGCUGGUGUGUAGGAUACAUGAACUUGCUUGGCCAAAUUGCCGGCGUGGCUUCGAGUGACUUUGGUGCGGCCCAGAUGCUUCUUUCUGCAGUGCAAAUGGGCAAUCCCAGCUACACACCUACCGCUAACCAUACUGUGGGAGUUAUGGCGGCAAUUCUCGUUUUUCACGGGUGCGUCAACUCUUUCCCUACCAGAUACCUGGAACGACUGGCCAACUUUUAUGUUGUUUUCCACUUUGGCUGCUUGUUCACCGGUGCCAUUGCCCUACUUGCAAAGACCCACGACAAGCACGACGCGACCUAUGUUUUCACUCAUAUCGAGAGCAACUCUGGCUGGACGCCUCUUGGGUUUUCGUUCCUGUUUGGCUUCUUGUCUGUUUCUUGGACUAUGACCGACUACGAUGCCACUGCGCACAUUUGCGAAGAGAUGAAAGAGCCCGAACGCAAAGCACCCUGGGCUAUUUCGACGGCUAUGAUCUUCACCUAUGUUCUGGGCAUUCUGUACAACAUUGUCCUUGCUUUCUGCAUGGGUGACCCUAUCCAGAUCCUCAACUCUUCCCAGCCAGUUGCCCAGAUCUAUUACAACAGCCUUGGAAAGGGCGGUGGUAUCUUCUACACGGUUGCGAUGUUCCUUGUUAUGAACUUUGUCGGUGUGUCUGCACUGCACGCAGCUUCGCGUACGACCUGGGCCCAGGCUCGCGACAAGAUGCUGCCGUUCAGCCAUAUCUGGUACCGGGUCAACUCCAAGACCAAGACCCCUAUCUACGCCGUUUGGCUGAACACGGCCAUGUGUAUUGCCAUCAAUCUUAUCGCCCUUGGAUCCACCACCACAAUCAACGCUAUUUUUAAUGUCUGCGCAAUUGCUCUAGACUGGUCGUAUGCCGUGCCUAUUCUUGGUAAGAUGCUCUUCCCAGACCUCUUCCAGACCGGACCCUGGAACCUCGGCAAGUUCUCGUACGUCGUCAAUGGCUGGGCGUGUCUGUGGACGCUGUUUGUGUCUGUGAUUUUCUUCCUGCCCACCAACAUCCCCGUCACUGCCGAAAAUAUGAAUUAUGCAGUCGCCUUCUUCUUUGGAAUCCUCGGCUUCUCGCUGGUGUUUUGGCAGCUGGGCGGUAAGAAAAAGUACCGCGGCCCCCAGGGCACUGCUCCGGAUCCGGAAAUUGCGACCCGAAUCGACGUUCGUGGCGAAGUCAAAGACGAAAAGCUCGAUUAG